ACAACUAGGCCUUCUUCGGUCUCCCGGCACGUUCAGUGUCUCGCCGCCAUUCUGGCAUGACGAGCGAAUAACUAACAGACAAUAUUUACAUCAUGUAUGUUAUAUAUCUCGUCUGUUGUGUGGUGAUGGUGUAUGCCGAACCGGCGAAGGACACCCAGAAGGAGGAAUACUGCACGGACCCCCGCACAAUGAAGACGCACGCAGCAUACACCGAAUGGGCAGACGCGUAUUCCUGCACGCGGCACCGCUGCCAGCCUGGCGGACGGAACCUGGCUAUAUACACUGUCGGCUGCAAGCGUGUGGAGGCACCAGAAUCCGCCAUAGAAUGCGAAGAAGUGGUCGAGGAUACCAACAUGCAGUUCCCCUACUGCUGCACCCGACUAAGGUGUUUGGUGGUCGUCCGCGGCGAGGUCUGGACCCGAGUGCUAGGACAACCCUGGGAGACCCUGCCGGCAGCCCCCUGGAGCCACAUGUACAAGAUGAAGAAACCGCCCCCUGUUGACAGUAGCUUCUUACCUAAAGGCGGCCCAGCCGCAGGCCCCGUAUACGAGCUAUCUGAGGACAAGUCCGUGGACCGCCGAACCAACGUCAACGAGAAGGACUGUGACAAGCCCGUGAAGAGGGCGUCACCGUCGCCUCCUGGACCCGAUAUAGUGAUUGCUCUGACGACCAACAAUGAGAAGAAACCCACCGAAGGAGAAAUACAAAGCAAGUUCCUGUCUUUAGCGGACGAUUCUGAUCAGCCCAAUGAGAUUGAGGCCGAGGAAUCCCACAUCGUCACUGAAAAGGUUCCAGAGAUAAUUUCGGAGGAGCGAAUGUUCCCUCCAGACAAGAAAACAUCGAGAGAUCGGAAAGCGAAAUUUCCGGAUACAGACGAUGAGAUGAACUUUAAAAAGUUAAAAGAAUCGAGACCACACAAGUUUCCGGAUACAGACGAUGAGAUGAACUACAAAGGGUUAAAAAAAGAACCGAGACCACAGAAGUUUCCGGAUACAGACGAUGAGAUGAACUUUAAAAAGUUAAAAGAAUCGAGACCACACAAGUUUCCGGAUACAGACGAUGAGAUGAACUAUAAAAAGUUAAAAGAAUCGAGAGCACACAAGUUUCCGGAUACAGACGAUGAGAUGAACUACAAAGGGUUAAAAAAAGAAUCGAGACCCCACAAGACAUCUCUAUUCGGCCCGAGUGCAUCAUCUGACGAGCAGUAUACCAAUAUGAACAAAAGAGGGAAAAAGCAAAAGUUUCCGGAUACAGACGAUGAGAUGAACUUUAAAAAGUUAAAAGAAUCGAGACCACACAAGGUUGACGCAGUAUCUGAGGAACGUUACUUUAGGAAUCCAGAGAAAAAAGCUGCAAGAUCCUGGGCCCGCAUCCCUCGAGAGCAAUGGAGCGCGAGUCCGACCACACGCGCGCAGGCGCAGACCGACACACUCGACUACGAGAAGGAACAUGAUAACCUAGUAAAGGCGGAGCAGCCUUCAAACGGCGAAUCAGAAGAGAAGCUAGAAGGCAAGCCAGCGUCGCUCCAGCACUUAGUUAAUGCUAUCGGGACGCGCAUGCGCGACAUCGAGAACGUCGUUCAACAGAUGAGCGAGAAGGUGCAGCCUCCAUUAGAAAGCGCUGAAAGAAUGAGAGGGGACCGAGCGAAGAAAGAAGCUGAGCCUAGAGCGAAACAGACUAAUUCUGAUAACUAUAACAGAUUCCUCCCAAAAGAAGGAUCCAGCCAAUAUCUCCACACCGCGGUAGACACCACCACGGAGGUCCCGCUGUUCAUCAAUGACAACCUGAACGGCUACUUCAGCGACCCCAGCAACAACCUGCUGCGGAGGUCCAUGAACAACAAGGGGCCUAAGGAACCCCAUGAAACCUACAUGGUACCCAUAGAUACGGACCACGGGGCCCACAAGAAAUCUCCGCCAGACUCAUCCGAACCAGACCUCAAACACAAGAAGCACGGCCACAAGAAGAGGAAAUCUAAGCACGGGAGAAGGAAGCACAGAAGAGAAGAGAAGAAGUUCAACAGAAUGGCAGAGGGAAAUGCGGUGUCGCUUGAGGACAGCGAUGACUUCGGUAAGGCAUGACUAGUGCGGCGGUACCUUACUGGCGAAGUCGGUAGGAUCGUGGAUUCGAAUCCGAGAGUAGGCAGUGUUAAAACGGCAACGUUUUAUUGAAAAUAAAUACAGUACCAGAUAAAAUAUAUAAACAGAACUAAAAUAGGAACACUGUCUGUCUAAGCUAACUCUGCACUGACUUAGAUAGACCAGAGUGAGCGAGUGUUACUAUAAGUCAUAUUUUCAUAGAAAUUUGACAUUAAUGAUGACAUUUUACACUUUAACAUAGCAAAUGGCUUGCAGAGUUAGCUUCAUCCGACUUUAGGAGCAAUAGGAGGAAUUAUCGCUAAAAAGCGAUUUCUUCCAAACAAUAUUCAGGGAAAAGAAAUCAGUUACUAAAUCGUACAAUAAGUAUAAAAUGUGAGUGACUUGAAUAAGCUAGCGAAUAGCCUUAGCCUGAAAAACCGGUUUCAAUAAAAACCGGUUAAAUUACUUGUAUUAAAUCCAACUGUUUUUUUAAUACCAAAACCAAAUUGACCAAUCGAAUCGAACUAUCAUUUUGGAAUCUUGCCUAAUGGUAACCCACCAUCGGAACACGUAAUUUUUUACAAUCUUCUAAUUAGUUUCACCUGUCCCGUUGUCUGUCGGUCUGUAAUCAAAUCUUGCAAGUUAAAUUUGAUCUGAUGAUGGAGACAGGAGGUGGCAAUAGGAACUCUGUGAUUAAGGAGUUUUUAGAAUUGUCUCGAUGAGUACAAAUGAAAAUGGAAUGGUGUUGUCUGUCGUAAGAAAACAGUCAGCGAUAAAAGUUUGUACCAAAAAUGAUUUUUUUGCCAAAAACUUAUUUAUACGUAUUGUCCCAAAUAGGAUUCGGGAGAGGUCCAAAUUCUGUAACUUUAAAAUCUGGAGCUCCCGGUAAAAUCGAGACAUGACGCUGGUCACUCUAUGUCUUGAAUAUGAAAAACAGUUCAGACCGGUAUUGUAUUGUAUGGUAUAUUGUAAGAUUUGUAGGGUGCAUUGAGGUAUCUUCGAAUUAAAGCGGGAUAACUUUGAAAUUUGCUAAUAUCUACUAAACCAGAAGGACUUCAUACUUUGAGUAGCAAGUGCUUUGUUUAGUUGGUUUGCAAUUUCCAAAAUUACCCCACAUUCGAAGUUAUCCCAUCGCACCUUACAUUUAAACAUACUAAUCCCGACGGCUUUCGCUAGUUUAUUAUAACAAUUUCCUCUAUUUUUCCGUAUUAUGUAAACCUAUGUUAAGUAGUAAUUCAGUAUUAAUUUAAUGUAGGUAAAUUAAACUGUCGUACAUUGAGAUAAAGCUUAAAUUUGCUUCACAGACUCACUGUAAUUGUAAAUGCCAAAUUUUUAUUUUAAUAAAAU